AUGUAUAUGAUGAGAGCAAAUAAUUUCUCCAUUAAUACUUUAAUAUAUGCGCUAAUAGUAUUAUCAUUUGUAGCAGUACCUGCCAAAUCACAAGCAAUUUAUUGGAACCAGACUACAUUGUCAUCUAACACUAAUAAUGGUAAUAAUUUAAUUGUUUUAACUUCUACUUUAACAUCUGAAGAUAUUGAAACUGUUGUCACUUAUACCGCUAGUCUUUCAACUACAACUGUUACAGUUGGAGGAGUAAUUACUCAAUAUACUACAUGGUGUCCAUUGACUAUGCUUUCUUUCUCUGUCUCUCAAACUAAGGAUUUUUCAUAUUCUGGCUACUUAAAAUCUUCAAAUGAUAUAAUUUCAUCAUAUAUUAAAAGUACUAGUUCUAAAGCACAUUCUAAGUCUGUUGAUGUCGCUAUAGCUUCAUCCACAAUCUCUUUUGAUUUUAACUCUGAUAGAUAUCCCAGCUCCUCUAUUUUUAGCCAAGAUUCUGAUAGUUCCUUUAGUAUCACUCCAUCAACUAUCACUUUGCCUUACUCUGAAAUGGUAAAUGUUCAUGCUAGUAAUAAUAGUAGCAUAUUUUCAAGAACUAUCAAUUAUAGUUCAUCUUUAUUUUUGCAGACAAAGCUAACUACCAGCGCAACUAUAUCUAAGCUUUCUAUGAGUGAUAAUAUCACAACUACAUCCAAGUUAAUAUCUCAUAAGAGUUCAGUUCCAUCAAGGGUAUCAAUUUCCUCUUCUAUUUUUACAAGUCUUACUUCCUCAUAUACUUCUUUUGUAAUUACAACUUCCUCAAAUGGCAAUAUAACAUCAACUCAAUCCAGACUACCAUUAACUUCUUCGCUAUUAUCAUAUUCACGAAGAAUAUCUAUUUCUACUAACUAUUCAAUAUCAACUAUAUCCACAAUUUCAAACGGAAUUGUUACUCUGUAUACUACUUGGUGUCCAUUAAUAGGAGCUCCUCAUGAAAAUAUUCAAAACUUUAAAAAUACUAUUUCAUCACCCUUAUCAAAUAUUAUUACAACAACAACUUAUCCAGAAACCUCAGUUAAGUUAUCACCUGGUGUUAAAACUACCUUUAUAAUUGGAUCAUCAUUUUCUCAACACACCAGGUCAAAAACAAAUACAGCAUCUGUUUCUGCAGAAUUGUCUUUUGCAUCAUCAGCAUCUUCAUCUUUCUCAUGUUCUGACAAAGGAAAAUCCUUCACUUUUAAUACUAGAAUUGUAACUACAUACUUACAUUCUACUUUCACUACUACUGAAAAAGGUUCGGUUACUGUUGUUACAACUUGGUAUCCUGUCAUAUCGACAAAAAUCAUUUCUAUUGAGUCAUGCUCUAAAGAUCAAUGCAGAGUCUCUUCUUCUCAUUCUACUAACUUAGUAUUACCUACACAAAAUACAUACCCCUCUACCAUUACAGUUACUUCUACUAGGAAAAUGGCAUCCAUAGUUGAUAUUCCUGAAAUUAGAGUAAGGUCUUCUACCAUAACCAUAGAUAAACAACAUACUACAAUAAUUUUGAUAGAAUCAUGUCCAUAUGGAGAAUGUAGUAUAACUAGAACUUUUACAACUUCCACUCCUUCGAUCACUUCCACUACUCUCAUUUCUAGAUGUUCUAAUGAGAUAUGCACUGUUAAGAGUUCUGAUAUACAAGUUUCUUCUUUUAAAUUAUCAAGUCCUUUAAAAAUUAAAAGGAGCUCAUGUUUGAGUGGUAUGUGUGCAAUGUCUGUUACUAAUAGAAGAAAAGAAUCAAUUACAUUGCCCUCUAAAUAUACUGUUAAUACUAUUGUACCAGUUAACUCAUGUAAGGAUGAUGUCUGCAUUCUAUCUGUAAGAUCGUUUUCCCCCACAAGUAGCCCUAAGUCUAUUACACUCUCCAUGUUAACAGAAAUAAAUAAAGUUACUUCCACUUCAGUCACAUUUAUUACUAUCGAAUCAUGUACUGACAGUAAAUGCUCAAUUACUUCUUCCGCAUCUUUACCUAUCCAUACUACCAUGGUCUCACAAGGUAGUUCAAUAAUAUCAAGUAAAAUCAUCUCUUCCAUAAUUACAGUUACUGCAACAUUCCAUGGAAUAGUAACUCAGUAUACUACUUGGUGCCCAUUAUUAGUCACUUGUAAAGACAGUCGAUGUGAAUUAGCUACUAGUACGAGCGGUUUUGUGAAAACGGUUUCCUCUCCAGUCUCAGUCUCUAAUAAAUAUACCACAUCCACUGUUAUCAAUGAUUUGCAUACUAAUACAGAAGUUAUCUCUAGUUUUCUUAACGGUGUUUCCACUUCAAAUACUAAUUCAAUCAUUCUAUCAACGACUUCUGAGAAAAUUAUAGUAUCACCUACUGCUAAUGGUUCAAAGUUUGUAGAAUCAUCUUUAUCGAAGAUUAUUACUAGUGAUACUGAAACAAAUCAAGAAGAUAAACGAAGUUCAGAGAUAUAUACAGGAUUGCAAUGUACAACUGUUCCAGAAUCUACUUCUGGUAGUUUCAUUUGUACUAGGUGCUCUACUAGUUUCAAUUCAGUUCGUUUGAUACCAAUCAAAUCAGCGAAUUCAGAAACUUCAAUAGAUAGCAACACUGUAAUAACAACUAUAAUUUCAAGCCAUGAAACUACUAGUACUAUUACAUCAAACAGUUAUAAUACUGAAGUUUUAAGUUCAACAUUCAUAAAAAACACAUAUUCCAUAGAGACUAUUGCUUCAUCACUUUCAGACUCUGUUAUGAAGCCAUGCAGUGAUACUAACGUUUGUCAUAGAGUUACAAGCAAUCUAGUUACAAGCAGCAUUUCCUCUUCACCACAUACCAUUUCAUAUAACCUAACGCCUUUGAUUACUACAUAUAUAGGAUCUGCGAAAAGAAUUCAUAUAUUUGGUGACAGUAUAAUAUGUUUAUUAUUAUUAUUAAUUAUGUGA